AUGGCGCAAAGCGAUGGAGAAGCAGCGACGAGGGAGGAUGGUGGGCCCAGUGCGGAAGCUGCCCCUGGAGGCUGUCAGGACCUCCACACGGCAGCGACGCACGGCGAUGUCGACAGUCUUCGGAAGCUUCUUGCCAGAGGAGAUGACAAGGAUGCCCAGAACGCUGGCGGCUUGACACCGCUGCACCUGGCGGCCGAGCAUGGCUUCGUUGACUGCCUCAGAGAACUGCUGGCGGCCGGUGCUGACAAGGAAGCCAGGAACAACAUCGGCACCACGCCGCUGAUGUUUGCCGCUUGCGGCAACGCUUUGCAAUGCCUCACGGAGCUCUUGCGGGCGGGCUCGAAGAAGGAGGCGAGAGACAAACUUGGCCGGACGGCCUUGAUGCACGCGGCCGAAAAAGGCCACGCUGCCUGCCUUGCGGCACUUCUAGACGCAGGCUGCGAAAAGGAAGCAGAAUCCGGUCGAGGCCGCACGCCCCUCAGCUAUGCAGCCGGCAAGGGCGAUCCGGACUCCCUCCGAGAGUUGCUGGCGGCCCGCUGCAACAAGGAUGCACCAGACCGGAAAGGCCGCAGGCCCCUGCACUACGUGGCGGAGGGUGGCAACGUCGACUGCCUCAGGCAGCUGCUGGCUGCUGGCUGCAAGGAUGUAAAGGACCAGCAUGGCGUUACAGCACUGGCCUCUGCAGCCAGCUACGGCCAAAGAGAUUGUCUCAACGAACUCCUGGCGGCUGGAAGUUUCCAGGAUGAGCAAGACAACCUCGGCCGGACGCCGCUUCAUCGGGCAGCCAUGCAGGGCGACCCUCGCUGCCUCCUGGAUCUGUUGGCAGCCGAGUGCGACCAGGAUGCCAGGGACCACGAUGGCGAGACGCCGUUGAUGUUGGCUGCUCAGCAAGGCUGCACCGCCUGCAUCAGGGAGUUGCUGGCGGCUGGCUGCAACAAGGAUGCGAAGAACAAGCAUGGUCACAAGGCCCUAGACAUUGCGAAGCAGGAAUGCGAAGCAUUGCUCUAUGAGAAGGUGCACAUCACUCUGAUGCUGGACUGCUCGCUAUCCAUGGCGGGAGAGCGAUGGCAAAGUCUCCUUGUGGCUUACGAUGCCUUGAGAACAGCACUGGCAGAGAGUCCAAGAGCCCCACUUACCACGGCCUCUGUGGUCCUUGUCAAUGAGCUGCACAGUGAAGUGAUUCAGCAUCGCGCGAAAGCCGGACACCUGGCAGACUUGCCGCCUACGUGUCCCGAAAGCAAACGCCAUGAAGCAGCCCUCGACAAAGCCUUCCAGCUCUGCCUUGAAGAUUUGCAGAAUUCUCCACGAGACGAGCACAAUUUCAUUGUCCUUGUGCUGGGCAGCGCGGUGCUGCAGCCGUAUGUGGACAUGGAGGAACUGCUGGAAAGCAGCAUCAGCCAGGUUCUGGUCAUGGCAGUGACGGGGUCGGAGGUGGAAGGCAUUUUUUCGGACUUCCAGCAGCAGUUCUUGAAGUCGAUGACUCCGUGCAGCAUCGUGUCUGUCGCGGAGCAAUACCUCGACCAGGCUUUCACGACGGCUGUCGCCGAUGUGGAGGUUCUACGGCAGAUCGGCGGAAGAGGCGGCAGGCGAAAGAUCCAGGUUUGCCGCAUGAACGGGGACAUCGCAGAGAUUGAUCUGCGAGAUGACUCGGUGAGGGAUCUCGUGAAGCAUCUGAAGUUGCAAGACGCAUCGCUCGAGAACCAAGAUGUGAAGCUUCUACUUUCCCACCGAGAAUUGUCCGAGAACUACAAGCUCCAGAACGUGCCGCUUUCAGAAAGGCUCACCAUGGUGAUAAAUGCACCGUCGAGACCAGCCGACGAGGAAGAAGUUGACCUGAGUGGUCUGAAGCUGGCUCCAGAUGUGCGGGAUGCCGUGACAGAGCACAUGCCGAAGCUGCGGGAUCUCUACAACGCCUUGCCAGCCCGUUUGAGACAGCCCGAGGAUGAAACCGAGGCGCCCAUGACUCUGACGGAUUUCCUCAGCAUCGUCCAGCCCAGUCACUUCCAAAGCUUCCUCAGAGAACUGGACACGGUGAAGAUCGAAGCCUCGGUUCUUGGAGACCUCGACAGCACGAUGCUCGACGACCUCAUCCAAAGCCCUGCGCAGUUCUUGCAGAAUCGCGAGGAGGAGCGUGCAAGGCGGGAGCUUGGUACCUGGCAGCAGUCCGGCCAUGCACCGCUGCCCGUCGUGCGCCUUUACUUCGUGGGCCAGGGCCGCGCCGGCAAGACAACCACGCUGAGGCGGCUGAAGCGUGAGCAGCCACGUGCUGACGAGAUUUCGACGUUCGGUGUUGACAUUUGGGCUGGAGAAGCUGGCCAGGAUCUGAACUGUUCGUGGAACGAAACCAUGACAUCACUCUAUGACCACACAGCUGUCCUGUGUCUCCGCAAGGAGAGGAGACGCAAGACAGAGCCGCUGACGAGGAAGAGAAGCCCAGCUUCAUCCGUCAAAAGAGCUAGUUCAAUGAAGAUUACCAGAGAUCGAUCGAUCUCAGACUAUUCUGACAAGCCCGGCGAGAUGCCACCGGCACCAGCCAAGCCUAGAAUUCCAGGAGCCUUGCCCAGCUCUGACGAUGAGCUCGAUCAGAAAGACAAUGCUGCAAGGGGAGAUGGUCAAAACAUGACGGCGACGAAGAAGAACUUUGGCUUCGAAGAACGCAGCCCAGCCCAGGAGAAGACGCCGACGACUGCAUUCCGUGAUGAAGCACCUUCAUCAUUCUGUGGAUCAGUCUAUGAAGAGGAGCCCGAGCCUAAGCUGCCGAAAGACAAAGGCGAGCCCUUGCUAGCACGACCCAUCGGGGACUGGCUUGUGAAGAAAGUUGUACAUGACGCCAAAGACUCUUCAGAAGAGGACCCUGCACUCCAGCCGCGGCUGCAGUGUUGGGACUUGCCUGGGCAACAGGAGUAUGCUCUCUGCAAUUUGCUCUAUUUUCAGAAGCGUGGGAUCUAUGUCGUCUUCUGUGAUACCAGCCUGGACAUUGAGGAAGCCUGGCAUCAUUUGAAGUUUUGGUUAUGGGCCGUGGCCCACUAUGCUGUUCACGCGAAGUUGGGUUCGGAAGGGGCUCCACCUGUCCUGGUUGUUGGGACGAAGUGGUCCCAGAUUCACGAAACCUUUAAUGCAGAGGAGAUCAACCGCCGCAUAUAUGGCUUGCUGCUGCAGUUGCCUCGUUUGCGACAGCAGCUUCGACGCGUGAAUACUCGGUCCGGAUGGCUGCAUCCAGUCGAAAACUUUGACAGCGAUUCAGAAAAAUACAUACAGCCUUUGCGAGACCGUUUGCAACAACUGGCCCGGGACACUCUUACACCUCGUCGUGAAUGGUUGCAGGCUCAUCAACAAGAGGCCGAUGCACCACAGCAUGUCGGAAUGCAGGCGGAAACGUAUCCAGUAUCUUGGUUGCGUGCCCACGAGUUGCUCACUGCACUUGCUGCACCCUUCAAGCUCACCGUGAACAGAACCAGUCUUGAAGAAGUUCUUCCAAUUCAUGCAUUGCCUGGGACGGCAGUGCUGGACAAGAAUCUCACGGGCAAGCAUGCAACCCUGCACCAAGACUUUGUAGUUCCUGCCUCUUCACAUGUUUAUUUGAAGACUGCUGCCGGUCGUGACGAUGAUGAUGAUGUUACAGAUAGCAUUUCAAUAGAAGUGCACUGCACUUCUCUGCAACUGGAUAGUCUCGAAGUAACGCUUUCGGGCAUGCAGCCAUCCGGUGUUGCAGCAGCGGAUGUCCCCCAGCUGCUGAAUCUGUUGCAUGCGCUUGGGGUUCUCUUUUGGUACGACAAGCCAGGCCUUCGCGAUCAAGUGCUUCUGAAUGUCAGAAAAGUGGCUCUCGCCCUGGCCUCCCUCAUGAGUUUGAGGUACUGGGACGAAAGUGCUUUCGAGCACUCCGAGGAACACAAAGAGAGCAUUGAAUCUGUCAGCUGGCGCAUGCCGAAAGAUGUGUAUCGCUUCAAAACAAGUGGAGUGGUAACAUGGAAGCUCCUUGAGUGCUUGUGGGAGGAAAACAGUCCGGAAGAAAGGAGGAUAAUGGCAGAGGUCAUGCUUUCGAAAGGCAUAAUCCAACGACGACGCAUGCAGGAUGAAUUCACCGUGCCAUGCUGCUUGCCCCUGGCCCACCUUCCGGAUCCACAUCCGCCUGAAUGUACAGUUGGUUAUAUCGACGUGGAUGGCUUCGUUUCGCCAAACCUCUUCCCCGAAAUCGCUCACCGCCUGUGCGAGCUAAAGCUCCAGGCUGGAGCAAAGGCAGACCACAGCAGGUUGAGGCCAGGGGCACCUCAGAUCUUUCGAAACCGCUUGGAGUUCCGAUCAGAUGGCAGCACACUGGUCAGUGUGUCGCUCUUUCCGGCGAGUGGAAGCCAAUUCCGGAUGCUCCGAGUUGCUGUCACCGGGGCGACUGAGGACUUAGCGGAAGAAGAGCUUAAGAAGACCGCGAGCGAGCUUUCCAGCAUCAUGGGCUUUGCCGCGGACGCGGCUCAACUUAAACCGAUGACCGCUGAGAAAUUGAAACAGCACAGGUGCCUGCGACAUGUUGACUGGGCUGGCAUCCAGGAUGCAGAAAGGUUCAUCCGAUGCACUCCAUGCCUCAAACGAGGCUGCAAGGCUCAGUGCAAGUUCUGCAGACUGUCAGCUUUGGUCGAGGAGCGUUUCAUCGCUGAUCUCAGCGAGGACUUGAGACAAGUCGUCGACCGGUGUUCCUUGCAAAGCCUCUGCCGUCCAGACGGCAGCUUCCGCUUCAGUCAAAUGCUCUUCCCAGGCGAUGUCGAUCUGGAAGAGUACUUGAUAGUGGACAUCGGGCAGGGAGGCAGGGCAGUAGCAACUGCUCCAGAAGCAGAGGACAGACAGGAAGCAGCGCGCGAACUGCAAAGCUUGCUGCAGAAGCUCUGCCAGAAGUUCGACAGGGCCGGGAAGAGCAUUGACCAGCCCACUGUAUACUGGGGUGGGCUGAAGGCAGGUGGCUUGGUUUGGUCGGUGCCAGAUGUGCUCAAUGGGAGCAAGCACGAUGACAAGGGAGCAGUGGUAAGACUGCAAGAUGUGUUGACACAUGGAAGCCGCUCGCGCGCGGCCAAAAUGGAUUUCUAUACCAAGACGGACCUUUUCAAGACGGAGACCACCUCGCCACAGGUUCGGUUCUUCGAGGUGACCAAUGUUAUUCGAUUCGGCUACAGCUCCGGAACUGGUUUGAUCCGCCCGGUAACACCGGAGAAGGACUUCCUUGGAGCCGUAGAGAUGUGCAUGCACGAAUACUCCGGUCCGCAUCCUAAAGCCAUGAAGCUGGCGAAGCGCUUGUGGGAACGCAGUGCGUUUUUGGCCCAGCGUGAGAUUGAUCUGGAGAAGCAUUUGCAUAUGCUUCACUUCCUGAAGCCUGUUUUUUCUGCCUGGCCAGCCAGACUUAGCCAGAUUGCGGCGCAUGCUGAAACACUGUUCACCAUGCUGCACAGGACGAGGAAGAAGGAGUUGCAGGACGACGCCCUCAACGACGCUUUAGCAGAUCUUCCAGCACUUCGCGAAAGCUUGCAGGACGUGCAGAGCCAGCUUGCAGAUUCGCAGAAUGAGGGGCCGCAUUCAGAGACAGCCGAAGGCCUCAUUUGCGUGCAGGAUGUCAUUCAGCGCCUGGAGACGGUGAGUGUUGAACAGGAUCGGAGAGCAGCUGUCGGUGAGAAGCAAGCAGCACCGGAGCUGGUGGAAAAGAUGUUGAAGGAGCUUCAAGAAUUGUUGGAAGCGUGUGUGGAGCUGGUGUUGAUGAAUCGGUUGGGGAGCUUUUUGCACUUCCCGGAUCCCCUGGUGGAGCCCCUCCACGGGAAGUGGGACUUUGUCUCCGACCAUCUUCCAGUCGGCGCAAGACUUUGUGGCAAGGGGACCUGGCAUGGCAAGGACUUGUUCGUGGUGUCCUGGAACGUCCUCAACCACCACUUCUUGGAGCACAUCGAGAAAGAUUUGCAGGGCCUCCGGGGCUCGAGCAUUAACCCUGCGAGUAAGAUGAGUAUGAAGAGGGUCCGGCAGAUCGUGGACGCCGUCAAGACGAUGCUAGACCGUCAGUCGGAGAUGCCGAAGGCCAUCGUCUGUCUUCAGGGAUGUUGGCCGGAGCUUCUCGGAGUGCUGGAGUGGGCGCUGCGGGACUUGCAUUUCGCAGUUCGCCGCACGGGCCGGGAGUUGAGCCAGAAGAACCAAGAGGCCAUUAUCUUCGACAGCAAGUCAAUGGAGCUGAACGAAGAUGCCUUUAAGAUUUUCCAGCCGUACAGAGAUUCCACCGACAAGGCCGUGGCGGUGGCCUCGUUCAAGCUGCGCGAUGACGGCGGGGAUGCCAACCAGCUGCGAAUUGUCACCACGCACUUGCCCGACAUCCCUUAUGGCCCAGCUCGGAAAGAGUUCUGCAACUGCAUGGAGCAACUGGAGGACGUUGCACGAAUCCCGACGUUCCUCCUUGCCAGCUUGAGCUUCUCAGACCAGGUCAUCGAAGCGUGGCUGAGACACAAGUUCAGGAUGGAUAAUGUAAAGUUCGCAGAAAUUCCGUACCCAACUACCAUCCACCAGGCAACCCUUCUGCCGAAGAGGAUCGACGGCAUUGCAUCCGUGUCUCCAGAGGCUACGUGGGAGGUUCGAGCAUUGGAGGCAGAUGAGGUCCUGCCUGGCUUGCAGCAGCAUGUGGAUCUCCUGCGUUACAGGUGCCUUGGGCUGGAGAUGCCCUCACCAGAAGGCGUGGUGGACCAAGCCCCAAAGAAGGAAGACAGAUCUGAAAGGCCGAAACCCAUGCAGUCAAUACCGCAGGCACUGCCCCAGCAGACUGAGCAGCAAAGCAUUGGGAACCUGCAAAGACAGCAGCUAGAAGUACUACAGGUGGAGCUCGAGAGGGUUCGCAAGGAUCUGACGGAAAGCGAUCUUCUACGAGAAGAGCUCCAGGACAUGAUGGCUUCGAAAGAUGCGGCUUUAGCACAGCUAAAGCAGCAGCAGAAGGCUGCCGUGGAGGCAGAGAUUGAGAAACAGAGGUGUUUGGCUGAGAGCAAGCAAGCUAUUCGCAAGGAGGAAAGGGCAAAAGUCCAUGCAGAGCAGGAGAGGAGUGAACUCGAGCAGCAGCUCGAGCAGGCCCGGAAGGACAAAAGCUUACUCGAGGCAAAGAUGGAAGAGAGGCAAGAGGAGUGGAAGGAGGCAGUGGAGGAGGCGGAGUUGGGGCAAGGGCGUUGCGACCAGGAGCGUCACCGCUUCAACGAAGAGCUGAAUGCGGAGGCUGAGGCAUGCCGGGGUCGCUUCGAGGAAGAGCUUCGGGAGGCCGAGCAGGCUCGGCAGGAGGAGUGUCAGCUUAUCAAAACUGAGCUUGAGUUGGCUCAGAAGCAGCAGGAGGCUGCUAAGUCUGCUGUGGCAGAGCACGAGCGGAGCUGCUUCGAGAAUGAGCGUCAGAGGCGGCUGGAGCAAGCAGCCAAAAUGCAGGCAGAGCAGGAAAGCGGCCGCCUGGAAGCGCGACUCCAAGAGGCCCUGAAAGACAACCGCCGGAUUCAGCUUUCACUAGACGCCGUCGCAAAGCGGUUGGAGAGGACGCAGUUGGAGCAGGAGCAGGCGGUGGAGGAGAGAAAGCAGGAGCAUGAGCGCUGGGACCAGGACUGUCAGCGCUUGAGCACAGAACUGGAAGCUGCCGCCCUCAAGGAGCAGCAUGUUUCCUCCGAGGCAGAGGCAUGCCAGGGUCGCUUCGACGAAGAGCUUCGAGAGGCUCGGCAGCGCAACGAAAACUUGAAGAAGGCUUUGGAUGCUUUCAGGGCUUUGCAUGAAGAGGCACUCAAGAGAAAAGAGCAGCGUUGUGGGGACCUGAGCGAGGAAUGCCAGCAUCUUAGGACGCAGUCGGCAUAUUUUGCUGCAAGGGAAGGCCAAUCGGAGGAGGAGUGCGAGGGCAUCGGGGCCAUUGUUCAGCAGUUGGAGCAAAAGGCACACGAUUUGCACGAAGAGUGUCAACAUCGCGGAACUGAGCUCGAGAAAGCUGGCAAGGAUAGGAAAAGCCUGCAGGAUUCCUUGAUGAUGGUCGUUGAAUCGAAGGCAGAAGCCCUCUCUGAGCGACAGCAGGCUUCUCUGCAUGCAGCGGAAGCAACAGGUCAGUUGCACGAGGAGUGUCAGCGUCUCAAAGCUCAGCUGGAGUGUGUUCAAAAGGAGCAGGAGUCGGCCAUGACGCCGACCUGGUUAGAGGAAGAGCAAGUGAUCUGUAUCGUUGAGCAGGAAGAAGCUGCCAAGAGGGAGCUUUUGGCCAAAACGCAGGCGCAGCGUGGGCGGCAAGAGUGUCUCCGGCAUGAGCUGCGACAGGCCGUUGCUGCCAGGGCCAAUGACCUGUCCUCGCAUGACGAGAAGGAAGACGAUCUACGCUCUGCCGGGGUGCCGCUGUCGGGCGAGGCGGCAGCGGCCACUGAGCCCUGCAUGCCCGCGGAUAUCAAGGAUCAACAGGAUCUGGUUGGCUGUCAUUUCCUUCCAUAUCUUCUUCCAUCCGAAACCCAGGGCAGCACACCGCCAGUGAACACGUACACAGAUCGUCUUGUGGUGGAGCUCGCGGAUGGGGACGUCGCUCAGCUCGACCAAAAACACGACGUGGUGAUGGUGGCAACAGCGAGGGUGCACAAGACGUUUGCCCCACGCUUCGACAUUCUGCCGGAAGACCAGACCCUGCACCUGCCUCCCGCCGCGUUGGCCGUGAGCCCCAUCAUUCGCCUGAGUCCCCACGUGGAGAGCGCCUUUGCAGAUGCAGUGCUUCUCGUCAUUCCCGUGUGUGUGGGCGCAUGCAAUGCAUGGUGCAUGCAGGAAGGCGACUGGGAGCAGGUGCAGGCGGCGGAGUUGACACAUGCCUUCGCGGUCCUGCGGCUAUAUCGUUUUUGCAAAGUGGUUGUCACUUGCGCAACGAACAGGCCGCAAUUGGUCAAGAUCCGGUGCUUUGCCAACUGCAUGAAUGAGUUCGACAAGCGUUGCGUUGUUCAACAUGUAGGAUGUGAUCGCUGCAAUCGGAGACUUGCCAAGCUUGCAAGCGCUGAGCUGGAGACUAUGACUGAAGGCUGUCCUUAUGCCCGACAGUGCGUGUACGAUGAUGGAGAAGAGUUGAAGCUGUCCUGGGGUUCGUUCCAGAGGAGGGAAGCCGUCCGUCUCAAAAUCAAACGCUUGCCUCUGUCCUUGCCAUUUCCGGGCUCUUCCAACAUAUUACAUGUGCGAGAAGAGGAUGGGAAACGGUGGACCCACACUUUCCACUUCGGGAGUUCAGCCACAGCGCGAGAAGCAGGCGUUCCACCACAUCCGCUGCACUUCCGAGCGCCAGCAGACAGCAUCGUUGAGGUUUCGGUGCUUAUUAAUGGGCAGCCAGUGGUUCUCGGACCUGGCAGUGAGCUCGUCCAAGGCCUGGUAUCCGCCACCAGGUUAUCGAAGGAUUUGAUCUGCAAGGCUCCUUCAGAUCCUUCAGGAGUUCGGCAGCGAGGACGUCGUCGUUGGGCUGCAGCAGGACCUGGACCGGCUGCAGACCAGGUCGCUGUUGCUGGCAGACAGCGACGAGUUCAUUUCGAAGGAUUGCCCAUGUCGACGGACCACCGCAAGCGAGCAGCUAGGCGUCAGGCGUUUAGCCCAGACGCACCGAGGCCAAAGGCUAAAUUUGCCUUUGAUGCCUUGCGCUCGGAGCCUGCUGAGCCAGUGGCUACCAAAGCUAGUGCCACCCAUGGCGAGGCAAGAUCCUGCGCCUGA